AUGGCACAUGACAUCUCCCAGACACAAGUCAUCAAAGGCAAGUCCUGCAUUCGUACUCAGCACAACUGGCCCAGUAUCCUACCGUCCUCAACUAACAUAGACAUCAACCCUCCAGGCGCCAAGUUCUACUACCUUCGUAGAAUCCUUCACGACUAUCCAGACCUCCAAGGUAUCCAAAUCCUCAAGUAUCCACGUGCUGCAAUGGCCCAUGAUCCGCAGAUCCUCAUUGAUGAGAUGGUCCUGCCGGAGACCAAAGUACCCUGGCAGGCGACACUGGCUGAUCUCUCACUGAUAAGUCUCGGUGGGCGGAAAGGAGCGCUCAAGAAAGCAGUGGGAAAGCUUGCUGAACAGUCAGGUCUACAUGUGGCAGAGAUUCAUACCUAUGACCACUCAGAUAACUUCUCGGUUAUCGUGAUGUUGCCGUUUUGA